AUGACCGACAUACUUGACAAGGACCUCGAGAAGGUGCACGUGGAUUUCGUGGAGAAUGUCGAGAAACCAGAACCCGCAGACCCGGUGCUGGUGGAUGAGACCGGCCGCAUUCAACGUCUGCCGGUGCCCAGCGAUGACCCCAAUGACCCCUUGAACUUUGCAGUCUGGGAGAAGACUGCCAUCAUCGUAUGUUGCUGUUGGUUCUCGAUCAUGUCACUGUCGGUGGUGGGAGGGUUGGGUUCGGUCCUCGAUGUCUUCUUCCAGCUGUACGGGGCAGAAGGCCGCAGCACCAACCAAGUAGUCUGGCUGUCGACCUUCCCUUCCCUGUUCGUGGGCGUGGGAAACUACAUUAUCCUUCCUCUCGCCCUCGUGUGCGGCCGACGACCGAUCAUGCUCAUCACCACUGUCGUCCUACUCGGCUCGCUCAUCGGAUGCGCCCUGUCGCAGAACUGGGGUCAGCACUUGGGCUUUCGUAUUCUGAUGGGCUUUACCACAGGCGCCACGGAGUCUCUUCUCCCCCUGAUGCUCGCCGAACUGACCUUCGUCCACCAACGCGGCACCAUCUACGGCAUCUACUGGGCCUCUCAGAACAUCAUAACCAGUCUGUUGACACUAGGAAGCUCGUACGAAGUGGCCGCAUUGGGCUGGCGCUGGUUCUAUUGGGUUUUCGUCCUCACCGUCGGCGUUGGUCUGGUCCUCGUAGUGUUCGGCUGCUUUGAGACCCGGUAUCAGCGCGGGGCGAUCUUCCUGCAAAACCAAGCCGUCAUCACCGACGAAUACGGCGUGACGCGAGUUCUGGGCGAGGAGGAAGCGCGCGCCUGGCUCGCCGCUCAGGGCGAGACCACCGCUCCGGGGGCCGGUGUGCACCCUCCAGCCAAGAAAUCCUAUCGCCAAAUGCUCAGCCCGUGGCCGGGCGUAUCGGCACGCCCCGUGCGGACGGUCCUCAAGACCUGGUGGCAGAUGGUCGAGAGCUUUAGCUCUCCCGGUGUGCUGUACGCGACGCUACUGGCCUCCGUCGUGCUCGGGGCGUCGGUAGGCGUGUCCCUGACGUACAACACGGUGCUCGAGUAUAACUACGGCUGGAGUGCAUCGGCGAUCGGGCUGAUUAAUUUGGGAGGCGUGUUUGGCGGAUUGGGUGGGAUGUUGUACGCGGGCAUCUUCGGCGACCGGUUCAUCGUCUGGGCCGCCAAGCGCGCGGGCGGCGUGCAUCAGCCCGAGCAUCAUCUGCUUCUGCUGAUCGCUCCGGGUUUGCUGGCCGUCGCAUCGCUCAUUCUGUAUGGUUUCACGGCGGAUGGCAACGCCACCUGGGGCGGGCCCUUCAUGGGCUGGACGCUGUACCAGGUCGCCUUCGUCUCGGUGCUUAUCCGCACGACCUCCUUCGCCACGGAGGCGUGGCCCAAGAACCCGGGCCCCGCGCUAGUGACGGUCGUGGGCACGAAGAACCUGAUCAGCUUCGGGGUGAGUUAUGGAUUGAAUCCCAUGGUCGCCAAGUAUAGUUACCCGGCGGCGAUGGGGAUUUUGGCCGGUGUGGUCGGCGGUGUCUUGCUGCUGGGCGUGCCGGUAUACUUCUAUAACCCAAAGUGGCGAAAACGCAUGAGUGCGAAGGAGAAGUGA